AUGAAGAAGAUUCGGCAGCAGCAUCUCCGGGAGGUGAGAGCCGGGAAGCGGGGUGCCCCCCAGGGCUGGGAGCCGCGGAGCGGGGUCAAGCCAGUGACGCCAGAGCUCCUGGUGAGCCCCAGCAGCCAGGACGGGGACCUGGGCUCCGAGUGCCCAGAAGAUAGAGGGAACUGGACGGGGCGACUGGAUUUCCUCCUCUCCUGCAUUGGAUACUGCGUGGGCCUUGGAAACGUCUGGAGGUUCCCCUACAGGGCUUACACCAAUGGAGGAGGAGCUUUCUUGGUCCCUUACUUCAUCAUGCUGGCCAUCUGUGGGAUCCCCAUCUUCUUCAUGGAGCUGUCGCUUGGCCAGUUCUCCAGCCUGGGGCCACUCGCUGUCUGGAAGAUAAGCCCUCUCUUUAAAGGCGUUGGCAUGGGCACCAUCCUCAUCGUCUCCCUGGUGGCCAUUUACUACAAUAUGAUCAUUGCUUACGUUCUCUUCUACCUCUUUGCAUCCCUCACAAGCGACUUGCCCUGGCAGCACUGUGGCAACUGGUGGAACACUGACCUGUGCCUGGACCACCAUGUCAUCAAGGCGGGGAACACCACCUUCCCCGUCAACAUCACCAACACCGUCAGCCCCAGCGAGGAGUACUGGAGCCGGUACGUCCUGCACAUCCAAGGGAGCUCUGGGAUUGGGGAUCCUGGGAGGAUCCGCUGGAACUUGUGUCUGUGCCUGCUCCUCUCUUGGACUAUUGUCUACCUGUGCAUCCUAAAGGGAGUCAAAUCCUCUGGCAAGGUCGUGUACUUCACCGCCACCUUCCCGUACCUCAUCCUGGUGAUGCUGCUUAUUCGUGGAGUGACCCUGGAGGGGGCCUGGAAGGGGAUCCGGUUUUACCUCACGCCCCAGUUUGAUCACUUGCUGUCUUCCAAGGUAUGGAUUGAGGCAGCCCUGCAGAUUUUCUACUCCCUUGGGGUAGGCUUUGGGGGCCUCCUCACCUUCGCUUCGUACAACACCUUCCAUCAGAAUAUCUACAGGGACACCUUCAUAGUGACCCUCGGCAAUGCCAUCACCAGCAUCCUGGCAGGGUUUGCCAUCUUCUCCGUUUUGGGAUAUAUGUCUCAGGAGCUUGGAGUCCCUGUUAACCAGGUGGCAAAAGCAGGUCCUGGCCUGGCUUUUGUGGUGUACCCCCAGGCCAUGACAAUGCUCCCCCUUUCUCCAUUCUGGUCUUUCCUGUUCUUCUUCAUGCUGUUAACCUUGGGGUUGGACAGCCAGUUUGCCUUUAUGGAGACCAUCGUUACUGCAGUGACAGAUGAAUUUCCCUACUACCUGCGGCCAAAGAAAGCUUCUUUCUCAGCUGUCAUCUGCAUUGCCCUCUUCCUGAUGGGGCUCAUCCUCACAACAGAGGGUGGGAUGUACUGGUUGGUCCUACUGGAUGACUACAGCGCUGGCUUUGGUCUCAUGGUAGUGGUGAUCACCACCUGCCUUGUGGUGACACGUGUUUAUGGCAUAAAGAGGUUCUGCCGUGAUGUCCACAUGAUGCUGGGCUUCAAACCAGGGCCCUACUUCAGAUCCUGCUGGAUGGUCCUGUCCCCGGCAACGAUGAUGGCUCUGCUGGUCUACAACAUCAUCAAGUACCAGCCCUCUGAGUACGGCAGUUACCGCUUCCCUGCCUGGGCCGAGGUCUUGGGCAUCCUCAUGGGAGUCCUGUCCUGCCUGAUGAUUCCUGUGGGCAUGGUGGUGGCUGUGCUGCGAGAAGAAGGGACACUGUGGGAGCGAGUGCAGCAAGCCAGCCGGCCUGCCAUGGACUGGGGCCCCUCUCUGGAGGAGAACCGGACCGGCAUGUACGUGACCAGCCUGGCUGGCAGCCAGUCUCCCAAACCACUGAUGGUCCACAUGAGGAAAUACGGGGGAAUCACCAGCUACGAGAACACGGCCAUCGAGGUGGACCGGGAGAUGGAGGAAGAGGAGGAGGAGGAGUCCAUGAUGUGAGGGGACCCAGUGCCCCGUGGGUUGAGGGGGGGCCUCACCCUUCCCCCCCUCCUAAUUUGCACAGAUUGCACUGCAGCACUUCAGGAUGGCUUGGGGUGGGUCGUGUCCAGCCUCUUCACCACCACCCUGACCCCACCAGGAUGGAGCUGCUGCCUGUUCUGGUGCUCCCGAGGUGUUUCUGUUCAGUGUGGCAAGCUGUGUGACAAGUCUAUGCGUUUGUGUGACAGUGUCUGGUGCAAGUAUCAGGGCUGCCCCAAUCCCACCCUCAGUCCCAGCCCUGCCCUCCUCACGCAGGGGCGCUCAGGCUGCCAGGAUGAUUUGGGCUGUGGAGAUGCUCAGGCAACAGGAGUUGAGGAGGAGAAGGACCUCUAUGUUAGUCUGUUCUCUGCUCAUGUGUAUUUAACUCCAAUAAUCCACAAACACGUGUGAAAAAGGACUGUAAUUAUCCUCCCUACCCCAAGGACAGUGUGUGCUGAUGUGCUCCACUCACAGGGAGGUUCUCCAGCAACACCAGCACAAAGCAGUGUCCUGCUAAAGAAAUCUGACCUACUAAAUGAGAGAGAAACACAAUUAGAAGAGGGAAAAAAACCCCAGUGUUUUUUUUUUUAAAAAAAAAAACAGCUUGGGCCUUUCCAAGCUUGUAGAUUCCCCAGGGACCUCUGUGUGUCAGGGCAGCUCUUCCCUGUGGUGCCUGGCAGGACUGGGGUGAGCUGAAGGAAGAGAAGAGGCUGGGUGACCUUUUCCCCAUGUGUGUAGGAGCCCAGGGACGGGUGUCAGCUGGACCUAGUGCUACAGGAGGACCCGUGUAUAUCCCCAAACGGGAUCCGAGGGCUGUUCCUAGCCCUGGGUGCUGCUUUUCCCAGGAAAAGGUGAAGGGCUGGGUUUCAAUGCCUAUGUGUGAUUAUGGGGUAUAUUAGCCCAGGGCCCAUGUCCCAGAGACCCCAUCUCCUGCCAAUGCUGCUGGCCUGGGUGGGUGCAGUAAGCUCCUGGACGGGGCUGUUUGGACCCAAUGCUGCCAGUCCCCAUCACCCCGGUGUUGUGUGUGCCUUUUCCCACUUAUUUAUCAUUAAA